AAUGUAAACAACUUUCAUUACUGGGAGGAGGCGGAGGAAUGGGUCCAAAGAAAAAGUCCGCUGGCAGCGGCCGCAAAAAGAAACCCAGCAAAGCUGAACGGCUGAAGAUGCAGAGAGAAGAGGAGGAGAGAAGGCUGUUUGAAGAACGCGCGGCCCGCCUGCGGGCUGAGAUGGAAGAAGCUGCAAGGCUCGAAUUGGACAGGAUCGAAAAAGAGAAAACAGAACAGCUGGAGGCCAAGGAACAAGAGCGUCGGGGGAUCGAAGUGACCGAACUCAGUGCGUUGGAAGAAAAGUUUUUGACGGCACUGCAAUGGAAAGCGGAUUUACGAGCCUCUGCUAAGUGGAGCCAUUACAUGGCCUGCGAUGGGAGUCCAGACCCAACUGUCCCCCAAGAAAUUAACACAUUCAUGAGCUUGUGGCAAGAAGACAAGAAGAACAGUAUCCAGCAUGUGAUGGAGAAGGGAAGCCGAGUGCUGGAGUUAAUCCGGAAGUUGCAGUUCGCCAUACUGGAUGCUCCUUACGAAGAGCUGACUUCAGAGGACGUGGCGCGAUACCAAGACACCAUUCAAAAACUGCAGGCUCUCCUUCACCAGAAAUAUAAUGACGCAACGGAACAAAUGCUGAAGCAAGCCAGCAGUUACGCUGAAUCUGAGAGUGGAAAUAUGGAGGUGGUCAUUAAAGACAAAAAUGUCACAUUGUGCGUUUGGGCGAAUCUCAAGAAGAACUCAAAGUUCAGAAACCAAACGUUCCGCGACGAAGAGAGGAAUCCAAUAAACCGCUUUGAGCUCCCAAAGCCGCUGGCCAUCUGCGACGUCGCCGUCCGCAUCUUGCACACGCAUUACGACCACUUGUCCCCCCUAGAGUCUUUUCCACGGGAGCCCCCGAAGCUGCCCUUGCCAGACUACGGUCUUCCCCUCACUGUGACCGCUGAGGUGAAGGAAGCAGUCGAGGAGGACAAGGUGGCUGCAAAGUCCAUGCUGGAUCUCCAGAAUCCGUCGAUGCUAAUAGUGAAGCCACCCAUGAGUCCCAUCUCCUCCAAAGACAUGAAAGAUCCAAUGUUGGACGAAGUCCCGCCAGAAGUCUACGAGAAAAAAUCCAUGAUCAUCCGCUCUGCUUCCAGAGCUCAGUUCUGUGCAUUGUAUUUUCCUGAGAUCUCGGAAAUGGCACCCUUGGAAGCCUAUGCUGUGGAUUUGCAUCAGUUCCUGCCAGUGGGAGGCGUCUACCAUUUUGAUGCCCUGAAGCUUCCUCCCCAAGCCAAACACGCCAGAGGGUGGACCAUGGUGGAGGUGCUGGAUACCGGUUUGGAGACCUAUCCCUACGCUGCGCUUUGCGAAGAAUCUGAGGAUGCCUCUCAAUACUUUGUAGGACUCACUGUCCGCCUUCUUGACGACGUGAUUUUCUUUGAAGAGCCUCUGAUUGCGAGAUGGGACCCCAAAGGCAACUUCUGGCGAACGGAUGCGAUUGGGGACGUGGUCUACGACAUGACGGACAAGGAAGUCUCUUUCAAGAUGAGCAACUUCAGCACCGUCGCGUUGAUGCAAGAGGCGCAUCUCAACAUGCCUUACCAGUCGUGGGAACUCCGGCCCCACGGUCCUGACCAAGCCGUCCUCAUAGUUGUCACCACCUUUGCCGAAGUACAGAUUCAAAUCCAGAAAAACCAAUGCAUGCUAAUAUCGGUCAGCACAAUGGAGGACGCCGAUCUCCUUGGCAACCUGCGAGGCAUAUGGAUGCCUCCGCUGGCCCUCACCAUUGCUUUGAAGCAGGCCGGAAUGAACAUCUUCCCAGCCGAACACUCGUCGAAAUACGUCAGCCUGAACCGAAAAACCCUUGAUAUGGAACUCAUCUGCUACCAGCAGAUGGCGCUUGUCGCCUCAGCUUUUGCCUUCGGCUGGAGCAAGUGGAACUGGCAUUGUGGAGAAGAUCAAAUUGUCUUCAAGGCCCAAGAACAACUGGACCAGGUUGCUGAUCAAGACAAGUGGGCCCUUUAUAUGUUCAACGGGCAGAGGGCUCAGAAACUCAAGAUAACCGAGAACAGCAAGACAUUCUCCAAAAACAUAGCAGAAGGGUCAGAAUUUCACUCCACGCUUUUCCACCUGUUGAAGGACACGGCCAGCGAGGCCGCCAUGGAGAGUGUGCAAGGCGCCCACUAUCUUUUCACUGACUCGGUGUACCAGCUGCUGCUGGCGACCAGGGUACUGACGUACUCAUGAGACUCUUAACGCUGACUUGAAAACACUGCCCCAAAAGGUGACGUGUGAUGCUAUUUCAGACUCCAGACAACUUCUGUGUUUUAUAAUAAAUACUAAAUUUAAUCCAAAGCUAUGCUUGCUCCCAAAUACAUUAAGACAUUUUUAAUUUCCCAAAGCCUUGAAGGUUAAGUGGGAUGAAAAGAAAAAAGACGCUUUAAAAAACAAAAAACUCAUUCAUUCAGUAGACAGAAAUUGCAGUGCGAGAAAGCAAGAAAUGCAACUUUGGAACAUGCCAACGUUAACAUUUCUGGAGAACGAAACCAGCUCCCUUUAGGGCGACGACCAAGUUUUAAUUUUCCAGGUAGGACCGUGGAUCACAUUAUAACUUAGACAGCUUCAACUAUCCCCUUUGCACUAAACCCAGGUUGAGGAUCUGCAGCAGGCCGUCCCCAGCUCUGCCUUUGGAGACCCAUCUGACAAACAGUGGUAUGUUACACGGGCGGAGGCCCCUCAUGCCGGAGCCCGGUGUAUGGCCACAGCAGCUGCUGGAUGGAAGUCCAAGCGUUCCCUGUCCCGACCAGGGCAGCUUCGGCAGGUCUCUGGAACGACAGGCCCACGAUUAACGAGGAAAGGAUAGCCAAAACCACGAUGGCGACCAGAGAAACGCAGAGAGUCUUGUUGGCCCUGGUUAAGGCGGUCCGGAGAGAGCAAGCCCAAGAAGAAACCCGUCUGCACCUGCAGAGAAAAGAAGUCGUCACACCUUCCUGAACUUGUAGAUGGCAUGAUAUAUAGCUGAGAUACCGUGAAAUAGGAAGCCAAAAACUGCAAUUAUGGAAGCCAUCUGCCAAGCAGAGCAGCAGUGGCAU